AAACAAAUUGCUGUGAUUGCAGCGGCCUUCGACUAACAUCCGUCCCUCAAAACCUACCGCCUAACAUAACAAAACUUGACAUGUACAACAACGCUUUAACUGAAAUACCUCCGCAUUCGUUAAAUAAGUACUCACGACUUAGAAUAUUGCAUUUGAAUUCAAACAACAUUUCAAAGCUGAAUGAAAGCUCGUUUUCGGGUCUGGAAAACUUGACGUUUCUCCGACUGGACGAUAAUUCCCUAGCGAUGACCCCUGACACGUUUCCCGUGGGUGUCUUCAAGCCUUUGGUGUCCCUCACGGCCUUGAGGUUGAAUAAAAACUUUAACUCGGCGGUAGGAGGGAACAAUUUUAGUUACCCAGAUUUAGCGCUAUCUGACUUGAAAAACUUGAAGGCGCUUUAUAUGGACGGGCUAACGAAUGCGUCGUUCGGAGUGGGAUUCAGUAGGAUGACGUCAUUGGUCAACCUGACCGUAACUGGCUAUCUGGAUGGAUACUGUAAUAUAAUUUGUUUAAGCAACACGACAUUCCAGUACCUGGGACACAUCAAGGUCCUCAACCUCAGCAACUGCCACCUACACGGAAAGCACAUUGACAAGGAUGCCUUCACGCCUUUGGUGAGCCUGGAGAUGCUGGACAUCCACUACAACGAGGACAUUGGAAUCAAACACCUGCAGCAUAUCAUGCACGGGCUGAGGAACAACACGAACCUGUGGUGGCUGGACGUUAGCACCAUCGAGUGGCGCUACUCCACCGGAACUCAAGUCAAUGCCAGUCACGUGACCAACCUCCCCAAGUCCUUGACCACUCUCAAGGUCGCGGGGAACAGCAUUGAGAAGAUAGACAACGACACGUUCGACCAUCUCCCCCCAAACUUAACUCUUCUGGACAUCGGAAAAAACCGAAUCGUGUUCGGGGUUUUCCUUGAAUUUCUCCCAAAACUGACCAAACUCCAGACUUUACUGAUCAACGGUGAAGAUUUCCUCUACAACAUCCCCACAUCAUACAAGAAAGAAUUCAUCGAACAUUUUCAUUCCCACCGCAAGAGGAGAAGCGUUGGGGAUGACAACGCUCUAGUAUUCCACCUCCCACCACAACUGUCCCGGAUAGAAAUGGUUAACGCUGAGUUGCAGUACCGUCUGUCACGGCUGACGAUAGACAGCAACAACUCCCUGACAGACCUUGUGUUGGACAGAAACUUUUUGCCUGAGCUGCAAGGUCCGUUCAUCGGCUUCAAUCAUUUGACCACCCUCAGUAUCUAUUCGAGCUAUGUUAGUUCCCUGGAGUGGACGUUUUUCUCCAAUUUCCCGCGUUUGGAGAAUCUUAACCUCGGCACAAACCUACUUGGGGAUUUUUUAAACACUCUUGACGAUCCUGUUUUCGCUAAUUUGACAAAUCUGAAAAAGUUAGAUCUUUCUAUUAACAACAUUCAAAAUUUAAGUUAUGGUUUAUUUAUCGGUCUCAACAAUCUUACUAUUCUAGAUCUGUCAAACAAUCGUCUUUCGGAAUUUAAUGUAAAAAUCAGUGGGAUGAAAAACUUGAGACUGUUAAAUCUGAGUCACAAUUCGAUCUCGUCACUUCCUGAUGACGUGAUGGAAAGCAUUGAUUGGCUGAUUGACCACCAGAUACCUGUUGAGGUGGAGCUGAACAACUGCCCUAUUCUUUGCACGUGUCAAAACUUGAAAUUCCUAACCUGGAUGGUCAAGUCUCCAGCAUUUAAGUCGUUCAAGAACUAUAUCUGUGCUCACGACGACGUGUACGUACGCUUGACCAACGGCUACAACAAAACCGUGGAGCUGCUGAACAAAGAAUGCGCAUCCAACGAGAAGCUCUUCCUGUUUGUUGUUGCCGCCACGCUGCUCGUGCUGUUUGCUAUCGUCGGUCUCAUGAUCUUCCGCUUCCGGUGGAGCCUGCGGUACCUGUACCACGCGGCGAUGCUGAACUUCCAUAGACGACACGAGACAAAAGGCAACCAAUUUGACUAUGACGUUUUUAUCUCCUACGCCAACCCGGAUGAACUUUUCGUCCUAGAGGUUGUCGAGCCGGAGCUAGUCAAAAGAGGGGUCAAAGUUCACAUCCACGGGCGCAACUUUGUGGCGGGAAACUUUAUCGCCUCCAACAUCGUGAGCGCCGUCAGCAUGUGCCGUAGGACCUUGGUCAUCCUGACCGGGAACUUCUGCAAGGGUCACUGGUGUAAAUACGAGGUCCAGAUGGCUAACAUGGAGUCGGUCCACGACGGACGUCCGGUGCUGAUUUUCCUGGUCAAAGAGAACAUGGCGGCCAAGAACCUGGGUGAGCUCAUGUCCUUCCUCCGCUGCAACACUUACGUCCCCUACCCGCAGGGGGAGCAACUCUCGGAGCGGGAGAUGAAGGCCAUGUGGGACAAACUGGCACAGGACCUACGCUAGCUGUCGGACCUCAGCGAGGACAUUUAUAUCUAUAUUGUCUCAUGGAACUGAUACGCUGGCUGAUAGUUUGGAGCAUUCAGGUCUAGAUCGUC